AAGAUAGAAAGGGAUGAGAGGAGAGGGGAGCCGCGGAAAGGGAGAAGGGGGAAGAGAGGGAGACAGCGCCGGUGGUGGGCACCAUUGCCACCGUCGCUGCCGAUGUGCCGUCAGGAGGAAGAUCCGAGGGAGAGAGAGAGAGCGUGGAGUUGAGGGAGCAGAGAAGCGUGCCGCCACCUCCAGACGCUGUUGCCACCGCCGUUCGCGAAGAGGGAAGAGAGAGCUCGCGGGUGAGAGAGGGAGCGUCGCGCCAGCCACUGAACUCGCGUUCGUCGUCGUCUUCACGGGUUCCUGUCGCCGCCGUCGUCCCCGCCGUGAAGCCUGUCACCGUUGUUGCAGCUGUCAGCGUCGUCGUCCAUGGGUGAAGCAGAGGAGAGAGAUCCGCGAGGAAGGGAGGACCGCGCCCGUCCAGCCGCCACGCACAGUCGCCGCUCAUGUUGCCAGCGCCAUCCCCGUCAGAUCCGCCGUUGCCGAAGCUUCUGGCCGUGCCUCUGUCGCCGGACAACACCGCUGCCACUUGGAACCCCCAUUGAAGUCGGUAUCUGUGUGGAUGUAUGAUCACAUGGUCACUGCAAGUUUUUCUGUCCUGCGCCACCAUUGGAGCCGCCCAACCGAUGCUGAAAUCCCUGCUGCUCUGUGUUCUUUUAUACCGAGCUUACAUGUAGUGAUUGAGGCUGUCUCUGCUUUUGGGAAAGCAAGCGGAGCAGAGGCUUUAGUUGCCGCUGAUUUUGGACUGAGAGAAACGAGUUCAGUUGACGCGUUUGGAUUAUGGUUUCGCGUGUCGAGAUAGGGGUUUUCUUAAAAUCUAUUUUAUAUUACAGAGUUGUGAUAAAUAGAUAUUGGUGCAAAGAGAUUUACUUCUGUGAUUGUAUUUGUCUUAUGGAUGUGAAGGCUUGUUGGACUGAAUUAUUGAGUGCUUGAUUGCGUGAGUGGUGUGUGGUUGUGGAUAAAAACCGGUUUGGAAUGUCAUUUACUUGAUUAUUAAGAAAUGUGGAUUUUCUUGGUUCUAGAGUUUACUUAGUAAUAUAAAUGAAACGAUUUUGGAAAUAAUUUGAGAUAUGAAAAUAAAUUGAUUCUGGGAGCGGUUUGAUUGUGAGUUGGUUUGAUUUUAUGAAUGAUUUAAUAUUUGAGCUGAUUCGAUUUUAAAAAGAGGUUUAUUUGUUAGAAUUGGUUGAUUUGAAAAUAAUUUGAUAUUGGAACUGGUUCAAUUCUGGAAAAUGUUUGAGAUUUGAAAAUGGUUGAGAAGAGGUUUGAGAAAUGUUUGGAUGGGACCCGAAAAGGGUGGCAGUGUCAAAGUUUUAGAGGAGAUGCUAUCGAAAUUUUAUAAAAUCGGAAGUUUUAUUUGAAGUAACUAAUCAGAAAGCUUUGUUUUUAAACAUUAUAUGUUUUAAGGUUGAUUUAUUUAUCAAAGAAAGAAUUGUGUUUUGAAUAGGGAUUGUUAAUGAACGGGAUGAAAAGAAGGAUAAUGAGGAUUUUCUUUGAAAUAUGGUCUUUGAAUGAAUUUGGAAAUGAGAUUUGGGUUGAUAAAUGAUUAUGACGUUGAGAAUGUUGAGAUAUAAUAUUUGAAUUAUUCAUAUGGCUUAUGAAUUUGAAAUAUCUGAGAUACGAGGUUCCCUGGAUUAAGUGUCGUGGCUUGCCACCACGUGCACCAGGUUGAAAACUCGAUACUCUGUUGACCUUACGACAUAAGUGUGACCGGGCACUAUAUAAAUUUCCAGGAAUGUUACCCCAUUGAGCAAUAUUGAUUAUUUGAGAAAAAGCUAUGCAUAGACUCUUGGGGAUGCACGUCGGGGGACAGUCUAAGGACAAUUCAGACUUGUCGGGUUGGCUGGAUAACCGACAGAUGAGCCUCAUCAGUCAUAGAACAGACAUGCAUCAUAUGUAUUUGUAUGCUUUGCUUGGGUUUGAACUUGUUUUGGUUUGCCUAAUUGCUAAAGUGUUCUUAACUGCUACUUGAACUAUUUGCUGUAACUGCUACCUACUUGUGCUUUUCUUGUCUAUCUUGCAUGUGUUUGUCCUGGCGUGCUACAUUUGAGAAUGAACUUUGGUGCUGAAUUAAUGAUGGUGUUAUUUGAUUGCGUGGUUGGUUUUUGAUUGAGAUUUUCAUAAUGUGAGCCCCAUCAAGUAUCACCUACCCUUUUCAAUGUUGUUUCUUGAUUUAAGCCACGUCCACUAGAAAGAUCUCAAUUUUAUAAUGCAACAAUUGUCUUUCGUAUUUAACUUUCAUGAAGCAUGUCUUUACGUUUACAAGAAGCUCCAACAAUAUUGC